GCCUCCUGUUCAUAUGUCCCGGCGAGACGUCACGGGCUGUGUGUGUGCGUGUGUGUGUGCAUAGAGGAUGGCUCAGAGCUCAGGUACAGGCGGCCGGCUUGGGGAACCAGUCAAGCAGGCAGCAGGACCAGUCUGUUUACCCACACGACACAGCUCUCUGCUGGGGUAGGGGCUGGAGCUUGAGCCCCCCCUCUUGGACCUCCAACCCUGGAGCUCUAUUAAAGUGCAUGCGAUUGAGCUGUUUUUUAUACAUUAUUCUUUAUCAAGAGGACAAUUUCACCAGGCUGUGGAUCAUAUAAAUAUAUUGUUUUUGUAUUUGCUGUCAUUGGCGCUUAUUUUGCACUUUGAGCUCUGAGCAGUGGAAGCAGCUGUCUUCUCAGUGGAGGAUCUUGAUUAGGUAAAACAGAGGAGUAUGUCCUGUCUCUGUCCUGCCUCAAACUGGACCUUUGCAUCUGCCUAGUGUGGAUAGCUACUGAGGGAGAUAAGGAACAAAAAGAGGGAAGUCUUGAAAACGAGGAGAGAGAAAAUCCCUCCUAGACAGUCUCCCUCCCUCACACCUGUGAGGGCUCCCUCUCUGACAAAAGCACAGCCGAGGAGAGGAGGAACAAGAGAAGAUAAUUAGGAGCUAAGAAGGAAAAAGGCUAAAGGGGAGACUUUGGGUCCACGCUCUACCCCUCCAUUCAUCCCCCUUCUCCUGUUUCCCACCUGUGAGGAUUAAUUGGACCUGAGCAGCAUGGCGCACGCUGCCUCGCAGCUGAAGAAAAAGGCGGACGAGAACCUCAACGCUGCGGAGGAAGAGAAGGAGAAGGAGAGGAAGAAGGCGAGGAAGCGUUCCCGCGAAGUGAAGAAAAAGACGGAUGUAAAUGCCUGUUAUCUGCGAGCAGCUCGGGCCGGGAACCUAGAGAAAGCUUUGGACUACCUGAAGAAUGGAGUCGACAUCAACAUUUGCAAUCAGAAUGGUCUGAAUGCUCUCCAUCUGGCCUCGAAGGAGGGCCAUGUGGAAGUGGUGGCUGAGCUCAUCAAGCAGGGCGCCAAUGUGGACGCAGCUACCAAGAAAGGAAACACAGCCCUCCACAUAGCUUCUCUAGCCGGGCAGACGGAGGUGGUGAAGGAGCUCGUCACCCACGGAGCCAACGUCAAUGCACAGUCUCAGAAUGGCUUCACUCCUCUGUACAUGGCAGCGCAGGAGAAUCACUUGGAUGUGGUGCAGUUUCUGUUGGACAACGGCUCCAGUCAGAGCAUCGCCACUGAGGAUGGUUUCACUCCUUUGGCGGUGGCGUUGCAGCAGGGCCAUGACCAGGUGGUUUCCCUCUUACUGGAAAAUGACACCAAGGGGAAGGUCCGCCUCCCGGCACUGCACAUCGCCGCACGGAAAGAUGACACCAAGGCCGCCGCCCUCCUCCUCCAGAAUGACCACAAUGCUGACGUGGAGUCCAAGAUGAUGGUGAAUAGAACAACAGAGAGUGGGUUCACUCCUCUUCACAUCGCGGCUCACUACGGCAACAUCAAUGUCGCAACACUGCUGCUGAACAGAGGGGCAGCUGUGGACUUCAAGGCAAGGAAUGACAUAACACCUCUGCACGUAGCAUCCAAACGUGGGAAUAGCAACAUGGUGCGAUUGCUGCUGGAAAGAGGGGCCAAGAUAGAUGCACGUACCAAGGACGGUCUGACUCCUCUCCACUGUGGAGCCAGGAGUGGUCAUGAGCAGGUGGUGGAGAUGCUGCUGGACAGAGGAGCUCCUAUACUGUCAAAGACCAAGAACGGUUUGUCUCCACUCCACAUGGCAACGCAGGGUGACCACCUCAACUGCGUCCAGCUGCUGCUGCACCAUGAGGUGCCUGUGGACGAUGUGACCAAUGACUACCUGACAGCGCUGCACGUGGCUGCCCACUGUGGACACUACAAGGUGGCAAAAGUCAUCGUGGACAAGAAGGCCAACCCCAACGCAAAGGCACUGAAUGGUUUCACUCCCCUGCACAUUGCCUGCAAGAAGAACAGAGUCAAGGUGAUGGAGCUACUUCUGAAGCAUGGAGCAUCCAUACAGGCAGUCACUGAGUCUGGUCUGACUCCGAUCCACGUCGCAGCGUUUAUGGGACAUGAAAACAUUGUCCACCAACUGAUCAACCACGGGGCUUCACCAAAUACAAGCAAUGUGAGGGGGGAGACAGCGCUCCACAUGGCAGCGAGAGCAGGGCAGUCAAAUGUGGUCCGAUAUCUGGUCCAGAAUGGAGCUCGAGUGGAUGCCAAGGCCAAGGACGACCAGACUCCACUGCACAUCUCAAGCCGCCUUGGUAAACAAGACAUUGUCCACCAGCUGCUGUCCAACGGAGCGUGCCCAGAUGCCACAACCAGCUCCGGAUACACACCUUUACACCUGGCCGCCAGGGAGGGACACCGAGAUGUGGCUGCAGCACUGCUGGACCAAGGAGCUAGUCUGGGCAUUACGACUAAGAAGGGCUUCACUCCUUUGCACGUUGCAGCAAAAUACGGGAAGAUCGAGGUUGCCAACCUUCUUCUGCAGAAAAACGCCCUGCCUGAUGCUGCUGGGAAGAGUGGACUAACUCCACUGCAUGUGGCAGCACACUAUGAUAACCAGAAGGUGGCGCUCCUCCUGCUGAACCAGGGAGCUUCACCGCACGCUGCUGCGAAGAACGGUUACACACCGCUCCACAUUGCAGCUAAGAAGAAUCAGAUGGAGAUAACCACCACGUUACUGGAGUACGGCGCCUCCACCAACACGGUAACACGCCAAGGAAUCACUCCACUGCACCUCGCGGCACAGGAAGGCAACGUGGACAUAGUGACGCUGCUGCUGGCACGAGACGCUCCCAUUAACAUGGGCAACAAGUCUGGUCUGACCCCGCUCCACCUGGCUGCCCAGGAGGAUAAAGUCAACGUUGCUGAGGUCUUAGUCAACCAGGGAGCUAUUGUCGACCCUGAGACCAAGCUGGGAUACACUCCUCUACAUGUGGCCUGUCACUACGGCAACGUGAAGAUGGUCAACUUCCUGCUAAAAAAUCAGGCGAAGGUCAACGCUAAAACCAAGAACGGCUACACCCCUCUCCAUCAGGCUGCACAGCAGGGACACACACACAUCAUCAACUUGCUGCUUCAUCAUGGAGCAUCUCCCAACGAACUCACCGCUAAUGGGAACAGUGCUCUGUCCAUUGCCCGGAGGCUCGGCUACAUCUCUGUAGUUGACACACUCAAAGUGGUCACAGAGGAAACUUUGACCACUCAGACGGUGACAGAGAAGCACAAGAUGAAUGUUCCAGAGACCAUGAAUGAGGUGCUUGACAUGUCUGAUGAUGAGGGUGACGAUGCAAUGACGGGGGACACAGACAAAUAUCUGGCCCCCCAGGACCUGCGGGAGCUGGGGGACGACUCUCUCCCUCAGGAGGGCUACAUGGGCUUCAGUGUUGGUGCACGGUCACAGAGCCUGCGUUCCUUCAGUUCUGAUAGGUCCAACACGCUGAACCGGAGCUCGUUCACUCGGGACAGCAUGAUGAUAGAGGAGAUGCUCGCACCCAAUAAGGAGAUGCAUUUGGCAGUGGCUAAGGACUUUGACAGUGAAUCUCUGAGGAGGUACAGCUGGACAGCAGAUGCACUGGAUAAUGUCAACCUCGUGUCUUCACCUAUACACUCUGGGUUCCUCGUCAGCUUCAUGGUUGACGCCAGGGGCGGCUCCAUGAGAGGAAGUCGUCACAAUGGCAUGCGCAUCAUCAUCCCACCACGAAAAUGCACAGCACCCACCAGGAUCACCUGUCGACUGGUCAAGAGGCACAAACUAGCAUCGCCUCCUCCGAUGGUGGAAGGAGAAGGCCUAGCAAGCCGACUGGUUGAGGUCGGUCCGGCAGGAGCUCAGUUCCUCGGGCCUGUGAUAGUGGAGAUCCCUCAUUUUGGCUCAAUGCGGGGCCAGGAGAGAGAGCUGAUCCUGCUGCGCAGUGAGAAUGGAGAAAACUGGAAGGAGCAUCUGUACGACUGUAAGACUGAUGACCUCAAUCAGCUCCUGAAUGGGAUGGAUGAAGAACUGGACAGUCCUGAGGAGCUGGAAAGGAAGAGGAUCUGCCGAAUCAUCACCAAGGACUUCCCACAGUACUUUGCUGUAGUGUCUCGGAUCAGACAAGAGACCAAUCAGAUGGGACCAGAGGGCGGGACUCUGUGCAGCCGCAGUGUCCCAUUGGUUCAGGCCUCCUUUCCUGAGGGGGCAUUAACCAAGAAGAUCAAGGUUGGACUGCAGGCCCAGCCAGUACCUGAUGAGACUGUGAAGAAAAUCCUUGGUAACCGAGCAACCUUCAGUCCCAUUGUUACGGUGGAGCCCAGGAGACGGAAGUUCCACAAACCUAUCACCAUGACAAUCCCAGUCCCGCCCCUCUCAGGGGAGGGGCUUACCAAUGGCUACAAAGGAGACUGUACUCCCUGCCUCCGCCUUCUCUGUAGCAUUACAGGUGGCACAUCCCCAGCACAGUGGGAAGACAUCACAGGCACAACUCCUCUCACUUUUGUCAACGACUGUGUCUCCUUCACCACCAAUGUUUCUGCUAGGUUCUGGUUAGCAGACUGCCACCAGAUCCCAGAGACGGUGGGUUUGGCCACACAGCUGUACAGGGAGCUGAUCUGUGUGCCCUACAUGGCUAAGUUUGUGGUGUUUGCUAAGAUGAACGACCCAGUGGAGUCCAGACUGAGGUGUUUCUGUAUGACGGACGACAAGGUGGAUAAGACUUUGGAGCAGCAGGAGAACUUUGAGGAGGUGGCCAGGAGCAAAGACAUAGAGGUUCUGGAAGGCAGGCCCAUCUAUGUGGACUGCUACGGAAAUUUGGCUCCUCUGACUAAAGCCGGUCAACAGUUAGUUCUUAACUUCUACGCCUUCAAGGAGAACCGUUUGCCCUUCUGUGUCAAGGUGAGAGACCCAAGCCAGGAGCCCUGUGGUCGUCUCACCUUCCUUAAAGAGUGUAAGACCACAAAAGGCCUUCCACAGACCGCUGUGUGUAACCUGAACAUCACACUUCCUGCAGUGAAAAAGGAAAUGGAGUCAGAUGCCGAGGAUGAGACUGAAAAGCCAGAGCGACGUCAUACCUUUGCAUCCCUAGCCUUACGUAAGCGCUACAGCUAUCUGGCCGAGCCUGCACUGAAAACAGCAGUUGAGCGAAGCACAACAGCAAGAACACUGCCUGCUGGUUACCCUCACAAACCUAUCUUUCCAACCAGACCUUACCCACCAUGGUCGACUGCUCCUAUUACCGUCCCUGGCCAAACAAGGCCCAUCGGAGUGGGGGGUUCCCUCGCCUCUGCCGAUUCACCGGCAGGCUCACCAGCUGCUUCUCCAUUGAAAUCUACCUGGCCCCUCUCCUCCCCAUCACCUGCAUGCCCUGCAGCUAUCAAAGCCACCCUGGGAGCUCCACCACCAGCACCUACCCUAUCUUCCCCAGUUAAAUCAGUUAGUGACAUAGUGUCUUCAUCUCCCAUCAGGUCUUACAGGACUAUGCCUUCACCCAUUAAAACCGUUGUCCAGCAGGGUCAAUACCCUGUCCAGGGGUCUGCCAGCCUUGUAUCUUCUGGAAGCCCAUGUAAACCUGCCACAGACCCAGCAUCUAUUAAGAACCUUGCUUCAGCAUACACGUCAAGGACUUCCCCACUUCACUCAGUACCCAAUGGUUCUGUGCCAGAGAGGUCAUCAGCUCCUAUAACUGCUCCAGCUUCGCCUAAGACACCUUACAUGUACAAUGCUAAUUUGCCUUUUAUAACUGCCCUUGGGUCCACAGUUGUAACAGAGGGAGCACCUAAUGUUCCUUCUGUUAAAAGCAUCUCCAGCCUGUCCUCUUUGAAAACCUCUGUAGAUUCAACACUCUCAUCCCGGGGAGGGAGAUCAUCCCUCUCAUCUCUCUCCUCAACUGGGCAGACAACCAUUCCUUCUUCAGAAUUGUCCAUGAUGAACGGAUCAGUCUCACCUGUUAAAUAUCCAUCCUCCUCCUCCACGCCAUCCUCCCCUUCUUCUCGCCUUCUCUCUGAGAGGAGUAGCAGCCUUCAGGAGAGGAUCCAGGCCACCACCCAGGCAGCAACCUCUGGUGUCAGUGCAGCCAUAAAUGAGGCCAUAGACUCAUGUUCUGUCUCAGGCUAUGGCACUCUUAAAUCACUGUCCUCCUCACGUAGAUCUGCAGCAGCAAGCUCUGCUUAUGGUUCUCUUAGAUCUGUAGCUGCUUCCUCCAGCACGGCAGUGUCAUCUAAUACUGUGACUGUACCUGUGUACUCAUUAGUCAAUGUUAUCCCAGAGGCUCCUGUCAAACCAGGGCCAGGGUCUCUCAAAAUGGCACUGCCUGAUUCCCCUCGUGCCUCAUCCUCAUCGUCUUCCUCUUUGUCUUCCUGUGUUACUGCUUCAAAAAUUAAGUCCCAGUUGAAAUCCCCCCCAUUUAUCACACCGCCUAUCAUCCACCCAACGUCAGCCUCCAACCAGGAGAUACUAAAAGAUGUAGCAGACAUGAAAGAGGAUCUGAUGAGAAUGUCAGCUAUCCUACAAACAGAUACACAGACAGCAGCCAAAACUGUCCAAACAUCACAUACUGGCACUCCCAAAGAGACCAAGUUAGAGGAUGAAGAGCCAUUUACUCUGGUGGAGAAAGUGAAAGAAGAUUUAGUUAAAGUCAGUGAGAUAUUACAGAAGGAUAUAAUGGGAGAAGGUAAAGCCAUUGCAGGUAAAGAGAGAGCCUCAGAGGAUGAAUGGGAGGAAUUUUCUAAAGAUGAGAUUGAGGAAGCACAAAGAAAUGCCCUCUCAGACUAUUACCCUCCUUUUGAUGAAAACACACUCCUCCUCAAGCACCAGUCCAUGUCAAGCAAAGACUUAGAUUUGGCCAAAGUAGUAGACUUUUUAACAAAUGACAUUGGUGCUAACUCUCUCUCCAAAAUGGCAGAGUUGAAAUGUAGGUAUGAGGAGGAGGCAAAAAGGGAAGGGGAAGAGAAACAGAAACGUGUUCUCAAACCAUCUAUGUCAAUACAAGAGCACAAACUCAAAAUGCCUCCACCAGUCUCAGGCAUGAUCAGGUCUCCUUCAGAGAAGGACCUAAGCAAACUUGCUGAGUCAUAUCAGGGGUCAGAGACAAUUCUGGAAUCACCCGAGGACCUGUCUCAUGAGCAGGAUAAAAGUCCCCUGUCAGACAGCGGGUUUGAGACCAGGAGUGAAAAGACACCCUCUGCUCCUCAGAGUGCAGAGAGCACAGGACCUAAGCCUUUAUUCACAGAUUCACCCAUCCCUCCCUGCGUAACUGAGACCAGGACUGAAGUGGUCCACAUUAGGAGUUAUGAGCAGCCUGAUGAUCCUUGUGAGCCUUUGCUCAUGGAGGAGGCUGCAUCUGCCCUUCCUUCUAUGGAGCCAGAUGCAGCUUCAGUAAGUUCCACCCAAACCUUACAGAUGAAAAUGCCAGAAGAGGACUCCAUGAUGAACAAAAGCAUGUGUCUUAAAGAGGAAACUCAUAUCACUACUACCACUAGAAUGGUCUAUCAUAAACCCCAACUGACUGAUGGCGCAGAGAUGAUAGAGGAAGCUAUGUCAGUCAGAGAUAUCAUGAAAGCUUUCCAGUCAGGCAGGGACCCAUCUAAAGAACUGGCAGGCCUUUUUGAGCACAAGGCUAGCCAGGAUUCUGUCAAAGGUGAUGAGCUGACUCCUAGAUUUCUAGACAGAGAUGUUAAAUCCAAACCCAAAGUUGAAAGGAUAAUUGAGGUUCAUAUUGAAAAGGGGCACAGCACAGCAGAGCCAACUGAGGUUAUAAUCAGGGAAACCAAAAAACACCCUGAGCUUUAUGUCUACAAAGGGGACCGCGGAAUUAAGGAACUCACUGAUUAUGAUGAGGCCCAACAGGAAGAGGAGGAGCUUACUGCCGAAGAAUCUUUGCCCUCCUUUUUGGAAACAUCUCGUGUGAACACCCCAGUGUCACAGGAGGAGGACAGUCGCCCAAGCUCUGCUCAACUGAUAGCAGAUGAUUCAUAUAAAGCCCUGAAAUUACUGAGUCAGCACUCCAUAGAAUACUGUGAUGAUGAGCUAUCAGAGAUCAGAGGUGAAUCAUAUAGGUUUGCUGAGAAAAUGCUUCUAUCAGAGAAACUUGAUGUAUCAUCAGCUUCUCACUCUGACACAGAGGAUUCAGCAAUGAUGACUGACAAAAACCGUCACCUAAUUUCUGAGGACAGUGGUAGCCGUAGCACUGAGAGCAUGAGUCAGCAGCAAGGGAGCCCCAAAAGAGAGUUUGUCUCUAAGUCAUCAAAAGAUGGGUCCCCUAAAUCUGGUAAAUUCUUGCACAGGGAUGAACCAUCUCAGUUUGAUAAAGUGACAGUGCUCCAUUACUCCACAGAGCAGGGCAGCCCCAAGCAUGCUGUUUGGAUGCGAUUUACAGAGGAUAAACAUGACAGAAGCAGGGAUAAGCUCCUUUAUGAGGACAGGGUGGAUCAAACUGUAAAGGAAGCUGAAGAAAAACUCAGUGAGGUAUCACAGUUCUUCCGUGAUAAAACAGAGAAGCUCAAUGAUGAGCUACAAUCACCUGAGAAAAAGCCUGUGAGACGAGAGCCAAAGGAACCCAGAUCCUGGCCUAGCUCAGCCUGCAGUAGCCCUGAGAAAACACAGCAGAAACCUAAGGCAGAAGAAGAGGUGUUCAGUAAAAGCAAGCUCAGGGAACCUUCAGUUGGUAAAAUGUUUGGGAGCAGCACAACAACUGAAAAGAAAAGCUCUAGCUUACCAAGCAGCCCCCAGAAAAGUGUGCUCUCUCAUACCAGUGAAGAUAAAGUUAGACAACAAACUAAGACCAGUGAGUCUGAACCCUCUUCUCCUGCUCAUGUAAAAUCAACAUCUAAAGUCAGUGCUGUGAGGAUGAAGUUUGAAUCUGAAGCUCAGAAACAAAGUCAGUCUAGUCCAACCAAAAUUCCUCCUCCAGUACAGCCAAAGCCUUCAAUAAAGAAAUUACAGGAGAGCAAACUUCCCGUUUAUCAAUUUUGUGCAGGAGGGAAAACGUCAAAAGUAUCUGAAACAUCAGAGGAAAUCUUGAAAAAGGAUCUUGAGAAGGACAAAUGUGCUUCCACAGACAGCAGUAAACCAGCUCUGAUUUCAACAUCUAAAUCUCCAAAACAUGCAGAAGACAAGCUGCCAAACAAAAACAUCCCAGAGGCUUCCUUGCAAAGACAAAUUAGUGAAACAGAAACUGACAAAGCAACUACUAAAGGGAAAGAUAUCUAUUCCAGUGUAACUCAGGAAAUGAAAGAAAGCAAUAAAGGUCAGAAAGUUCAGACACCUAUCAUUCAUGACACUUCUAGGCUACUAGAGAAAGCUAGUGAUGAUAAAAAAUACCAACAAACUACUUCCAAAGAAGCAAUAGCUGAGCUGCCCAAAAAAGAUGAAGAACCACUAAACAAAAAUCUCAGAAAGAAGACAGAAUCUCAAAUUCCUGUAAGAACAGUAUCUUCCACUUUAGAUAAUGACCUCACAAAGAAACAGACAAUACCUAAACCCUCACAGAUACCUACGCUAUCUAAAAGCAAAGUACAGAUGAGUCUUGACACAACCCCAGCAAAAACAGAUCUAACCUUUGAAAUUCUAGAUAAUGCACCCAAAGAUUCCAACUCCAAUAAUCUUCCCAGCCCUAGAGAAAUGCUGGAGAAUGUCAUUUCCCCUCCAACUGCUACAACAACCAAAGAGAACUUCAAGGGCAUCAAAACAUUACCUGUUUAUGUCAGUGUCCAGGUGGGCAGGCAGGCAGAAAGGGAGGCCAAAGGAGCACUGUACACAGUCAAACAGAAAUCAAACUCAGCACUCAGCCCCAUAAGCCCAGAUGAUGACACACUAGAACAGGUGUCUUUCAUAGACAGCUCAGGGAAAAGCCCUCUUACACCAGAGACCCCCAGCUCUGAGGAAGUCAGCUAUGACCUCACAACCAGGACCACUGACGGCUUUAUGGGAUUCAUGCCAGGGAAACCCAGCCCCAUCAUGGAGGUAUCUGAGGAAUCAGAGGAAGAUGACCAAGGCAAAGUUGUUUUCUCUUUUAAAGAGGCCCUGCCAGAGAGGAAAAAUGAUAUUGAAACCACCCAGGCAGACCUAGAUAAUGCUAAUAAGCAAGAAACAGAAAUGAAUGCUAACCAGCCAGAAUUAACAAUUUUCAGUUUCAGACAGCAAGAAACAACAACCAAUGGCAGGUAUGAUGAAAUAACAGUGCAGGAGCAUCAAGAGGUCUCAAAAGACAAAGGUAUUGCAUAUAUUGAGUUCCCUCCCCCUCCUCCUCUGGACUCAGCUUCAGAGAUUUCAGACCCAGAAAGAAAAGGUUCCUGUGCCUCUUCAGAGACUGAGACAGAAAUGAUGGAGGUGAACCUACAGGAAGAACAUGACAAGUAUCUGCUAACUGAGCCAAUUAUACGAAUCCAACCCCCUUCUCCGGUGCCUCCUGGGGCAGAUGACAGUCAGUCGGAUGGUGAAGAGGGAGAAGAAGAGGAUGAUGAGUCAAUCUUCCAACCAAUUCCUUGUAAGAAAUUCACUUUCAAAGUUCCUGAGGAGGACGAGGAGGAGGAGAGGAAGAAGGAGAAGGAAAAGGCAUCUAAAUCCAAAAAACAUGAUAAAAAUGGAAACAACAAAGAACUUAAUGGUGGGACCAAUGGCUCCAGUGGUUCCAAUGGUUCUAAAGGUUCUAAUGGCAAAGGAGAGGACUAUGAAUAUGAACAAAAUGGAAAUGACCAGUCGAUAACAGACUGUUCAAUAGCCACAACAGCUGAAUUUUCCCAUGACACAGAUGCAACAGAGAUAGACUCCCUAGAUGGGUAUGAACUUCAAGAUGAGGAUGAUGGUCUGUGUGAGCAGGCAGAUUUACGGCUGUUUGGUCUUCCAGACAGCCGGAGAGACGUCUGGGCAACAGACACAUUUAGGUCCUCUGACCGCUCUUUUCCCCAGACCAAACUGGAAGUUAUUGAAGAGGAGAAAACCCCAGAGGAAUGUCAAAAGGACACUUUCAAAAAAGAUACCCCAUCAAAUGGUGGAAAACCUGAUGCUGUUACUAAUGAUGGGGUUAAAUGUCAGGAACAGAAACUCUCAGAUAAAGAGGGAUUUUCAGACACUUAUUUUAGUUAUAAGUUAGAGGAGGAGUUUAACUCUCCUUUUAAGACUAUUGCCACUAAAGGGUUGGACUUUGACCCCUGGCCCAGUAAAGGUGGAGAAGAAGAAGUUGUUGACAUGGGAGGGACACGGGGAAGCAAUGGUGAGCCUAAGCCUUUUGGACUAGCAGUGGAUGAACAGUCUCAGGCUACAACACCAGACACUACCCCAGCCCGAACACCAACGGACGAUAGCACGCCGACAAGCGAGCCAAAUCCAUUCCCCUUCCAUGAAGGGAAGAUGUUUGAGAUGACACGCAGUGGUGCGAUUGACAUGAGCAAGAGGGACAUGGUGGAGGAGAGGCUCCAGUUUUUUCAAAUUGGUGAGCAUUACUACUCGGCGGGCAGGUACAAUGUCAGGGACUCAGAGGUAAAUGCCUCUUUACAACACAGGGAUCAGUUUGGUAGUCAGGAUCCCACAGAUACCUCAACAGUCCCUCAAGUCUCCAUUCAGACAACUACUGUCCAGCUAGAAAUAUCAAAUCCAGCUGGCAGUUACAGCACAUGCAGAGACUCAACUUACAGCACUGAGCCUAGAUUCUCCACUUUUAGAACAGGAUUCAAGUUAUCAUCUGGUAAAACUUCUGAUGCUUCAAGUAGCAGUUCUAAAUGUAGAACAACAGGCACCUUUGAUCAUUCUAAUGACAUAAUCUCAGGAUCAGUUGUAGAUAGUUCUCAUUCUGUAACCUCAAACUAUACAGAUUGUUCUAAUUUUAAUGCAUCAGACAUGACUAAUUAUUAUUCAAAUCAUAGAACUCCUUCAGGUAUGAAACAGAGUGACCAUUUGGAUCGGACCUUAGAAAAUCAGAUCACUUAUUACCAAAGUAGAGAUUAUUCUUCCGCACCCUCACAACAGAUAAGCAAUCCCCAAACAUGGAGCAGUAAUACCAGUAGGAACAUCCCUGUCUCACAUUACAUCCAUUCAGAUGUUGUUCAGGCUAGCAGUAUUGUGUUCAACUUGUUGUCCUCUUCAGGACUGCAGGAAAUCAGCAGGAUAGAAGCGUCCUUCAACCAGCUAGAGUUGAACAGCAGGGAAAGCACGGCCUGUCCUAAUGUAGCAAUAACAAACACAGGAGCCAAAGAGGUCAAAGCCAGGAUAUGCAAGUCUAGGUUACCUGUGAGGGUGCCCAGCCACAAACUAUGCAGCCAAAGUCUACCAAUUGUGAAAGACAAGGCACAAAAAGGUGUUGAUCAAUUCCAAGUCAGGAAACAUGCAAUGCAUAAAGUCAGGGAAAGAUUAGACCCUUUUGAGAAUUUAUUUCCUAAAUCUAGAAUCCCAGUAAUGAAAGCCAUUAAACACCCCUCUUGUUCUAGGGAGCAGAAGCAGGUUAGAGCCAAAUCUACAGUUAGCAAUAGAAGCGUUAAGACUACAAGGGGUAAUAAACAGCUAGCUAAAAGCAGAUCCAGCACGGAACAAAGGUACAGUUUAGUGAAAACCCCAAGUAGAAGUAGCACAAAUGAAGCAGGGAGAAAGAACAGUGUAAUGAUCUCAAAAAACCUAAAAACAAGGUUGGACCAAACCAUUCCGAAGGAGACUGACACAAAGUUAGAGGGGAAAACACUGCCCACUGAGGAUGAAGAGAGCUGCAGCCUCAGCACUACCAGGAACACUUCCUUGUCAGAACCAUCUAGAGCUUCUAGAAGUUCCUGCCCUUCACGCACCUCUACCUCCACCUUCACCUCCACCACCACAUCAACACCAUCUGCUAGAGAUGUGAGAGCUGAGGUUGAGCAAGCCAGCAGUGAGAGGAUGAGGAGGAGCAAGUGGAAGAAUAGGCGGACACUUGGAGGGAAGGAGCAAGAGCAGAAGGAGGAAGGGAGUCAGGUUGAUCAACCAAUCACGGCUCAUGUCACGGAGAACGAGACUAGCCCUCAGAGUCCCUGUGAGAGAACAGACCUCCGCAUGGCAAUAGUAGCCGACCACCUUGGACUCAGCUGGACUGAGCUGGCCAGGGAGCUGGAUUUCUCUGUGGAAGAGAUCAACUUCAUCAGAGUGGAGAACCCCAAUUCCCUGACAGCACAGAGCUUCAUGCUCCUAAAGAAAUGGGUGCACAGGGACGGUAAAAAUGCCACAACGGAUGCUUUAACUGCGGUGCUGACUAAGAUCAAUCGGUUGGAUAUUGUGACUUUGCUGGAAGGGCCCAUAUUUGACUACGGUAACAUUUCAGGCACACGCUGCUUUGCCGAUGAUAACGCAGUAUUCCCGGAUCAGUCCGAUGGAUACCACAAUAUAGAUCUGGAGCUGCAAACUCCCACAGACCUGAACUACGAGCCCCCCACCCCGCUCCGCUCAGAUGACUUCUUUAGUGAGGGCGAUGGUAGCUUAGACUCCCCUAGCAAGACCAUGCUUACUAGACCUAGCGACCUCUCUCUCACUCAGACCAUCAGUACUUCCAGCAGCGACCCCCUCACAGUUGCCCCGGGCCCUGGCUUCUAUGCCCCAGAGCCCCCCAUUGUUGGGCCAGAAGACACAGCCUUGACCACUGGAGAAAGAGCAGGGGAAAAGGUUUCUUAUGAGAGGCCAGAUAAUGACAGAAGGGCAGUAGACAAAUCAGGAAAGGGAACAGAAGAACUGGAGGCAGAGCCAGAUGUUGCUUUGGAGAGAAACCGAAAAGAAGAUGGUGCCCCAGACAUUGGUCAAGGAAAUGGAAGGCAGGAAGAAGAGGAGGAGGAAGAGGAGAUGACCCAGGAGAGGCUGCAGAGUCUGCUGGAGGACAUAAAGCUAGAGGGCGGCUUGGAGGACGAGGAGAUGACAGAGGAGAGGGUGAAUGCCAUCCUCGAACAAGUGCGGCAAGCCGAAAAAGUCGUGUGUUCAGUUCCAGGUUGGAGAGGCGAGACGUCGGACGCGAUCGCAGAGUCGUCAGGACUGCCUGGCGCUGAGGAGGGCAGCCCUGACAGUCUAGCCGAUUCACUGGAGCAGCCCCCGGCUCAGACCAGCAGACUGAAUGGAGGUCACACUGACACAGCCAGGGAAGGGAAGGCAAAGGAGGCCAGGAAGAAAGGAUCUCAGGAGGACAGCAGCACAGCAGGACCAAGCAGAGGGCGAGAGGAGGGAGGUGACAGGUCCCAGCACAAAGUCCAGGGGAGCGUUAGACCUGAAGAGUCCGGCUCCGAUGAGGAGACCACUGUCACCACCAGGGUGUACCGCAGACGGGUCAUACUCAAGGGAGAGGAGGCCAGAAACAUUCCUGGAGAGUCUGUGACGGAGGAGCAGUUCACAGAUGAAGACGGGAAUCUGGUCACCAGAAAAGUGAUCAGAAAGGUGGUGCGCCGCAUGCACAACUCAGAGGAAAGGAGGGAGAGUGAAGGCGAAACGCUUACAGAAGAAGGAGCUGGUGUUGGUGGUGGUGGUGGUGUAGCAACAGGUGGAGCAGAUGCUGCUUCAUCAGCAGCAGCAGCAGCAGGAACAGGAGGAGGGGGAGGAGGAGCCACGGGGGGGAAGGGCAAGAAGAGAGGGAAACGCUCCCGUCAGGGCCACAAGGCUGAGAAGUCCGGAGAGGAGGCCCAGAGAGGGAAAACUGAGCCUGGAGAUAGCACCAACAAGAAACAAGGGAAGAAGAGUCAGUCAUAACAGUGGAGUUCUAAACUGAACCUGGUCCACAGACGUCCACCUGCGACACCACACACACACACCCUGGGAGGAAAAACGGACUGGAGCCCCUGAAAACGAAGAAGCCUCGUCAGUCAACUAGAACAUGUCUGAAGCUUUCGCUUAACAACGCAUGGUUUUCAGCGAGACGACGCAAAACAAGUUACUUUUCUUUUCUGAUUUCGCAUGAGCAUGUCACCAAACUCACUCACUUGUCAGAAAAAACACAGAAGGACACGCAUGGACGUGAGCUGAAACUUAACUUUUAUCUUUGACGAACGAAAGGCGUCUGUGACCAAAGACGACGCAAACGGGAAAAAAAGCAAAACUGCUGACAGGAAAGACAGACUUGUGACUCACUCUCUCUCAGACACUCGCCUUAUAUGGUCUAUUUUUUCCUCCUGGACCCACAGUAUUGGGGUGUACUAUGUGGUUCUGUUUUUUUAAAAAAAAUGAAAUAUAAUAGUAAAUGGGUGAUUUUGUUGUAUAUAAAUGACACUGUAUAAAAAUCUAAAAAAAAAAAUCAGUAGCUUCACAGAUUGUUUAUGCACUGAUUUGAGUUGAUGAAGCUUUGCAGGGUCGGUGCAUUUGUAUUGAGAGGUCGACACUGUUUGAGCAGCCUUGAGUGUGUGACCUGACAUGCUCUUCCCAAAUGAAUAUUAAAAAAGGAACAAAAACAGCUGUAUGUAAUUGAGAAACGAAUGGAGAGGGAAAAAAACACUGCUUGAUUUUAAACAAAGGGCGUUUCUUUAAAGCCAACAGCUACUUCCGCUCUGUCUGUGGAACAUUGUCUUCAGAGAAAUGAUACUUUGCUGCAUGUGACGUCACUUUAUUUUAACUUUUGCUUUUUCUUUUACUUCUCCUAAUUCAAAGCACUGUAAUACAAUUAGAGAGGGUUUGAUGGUACUUCUGUCUGUGUGAGCACUCAUAAUAACCCAGCCAUCUGUCAUCUAUUACUGUUUUUAUUUUUUACAAAACACACACUCCACACUCAAGUGACGAGAUAGGAGAGUUUCAUCCUUACGCUUCAGGGCAGUAUUGAAUAUCCCUGAAUGUAUCCUGCAGACCGGCACAUUGCAUUAUCUCCAACCUGCUAGCAGCCUUGUGUGUGUGUGCGUGUGUGUGUGUAAAACAUCAAAUAAAACUUGUCUAUCUGUACAUCAAUCAUGCAUACUACAAGUGUAAGUUUAGGCUUUUAAGUCUGCUGUGGUUUUAAAAAGGGGACUGUUUUUAUUUCGGACAGUUUGAUGAUUUUUAUCUUUAUUUAAUUGGUUGUAUUUACAUUAGAACAGAGGAUCUAAUUUUUAUCCCCGUCACCCACAUCUGGUCCUUUUUACUAAUGGCUAAAAUCACUAAAAUAAAUCACAGUAUUGAUCACAUGUUAAAAAUCAGAUUUUCUGUUCCUGUCUAAAUCUGUUUUGUUUUUUGUGUUUUUUCAUCUUUCUUUUUUCAUACAAAACCACCCUAAGCAUCCAUUGUUGAUGAUAAAUCUGGUACCAACAACAUGUAUGACGAACCAACAUAGCCUACACUGGAUGAUCCAAGUAAUUAUUUAAGCAGAAAAAUAAAUUGUGUUUAAACUGAA